CUCAAUGCCAAGUUGUCUCUUAUGCUCCGGAGUGGGUGAAAGUUGGUGCUGCGACCCAUUCCACACAUACACACAUUUCGAUUUGGCGCGAGGAGAGACAAGAGCAACACGCGGGAAGACAGUGCAGCUAGAGGAUUUCAGUGGCGCUACCCUCAUACAGUGGUGAGUGUUGGCCUGAGCAGCUAGUGAACAGGAACUAGUAGAGCCUCGCGCACUGCUCGUUGUGUCGCACCGCCGAGGGAGCGCCGAGGAGCCAACACUGUAGUGAGCGAGCCCUCCACUGCCCACUAAUAUUGAUCACAGACUCCCUCGUGCACGUCCACUGGUACUCCGGGAAACAAAGGAUAGUAAGACAUGGCAGACAGGAGUGAGGCACAAGACUCGAGCAACAUCGAGAUCAUUGAGUGUCGAGAGCCACACCUGGAGGCCUCACAGGACCUGGAGUUGCUGGCUCAGGAGAUUGCAGAGGCAGCUGUCGAGGACGAAAGGAAGUCCAGAACACCUUCGCCUUCACCGCCACAGACGUUGCCUUCCUCAGAGUGUGAAACGGCGACGAGGGAAGACUCGUCUGAGGAGGAACAGGAAGAGGAGGAGGAGGAGGAGGACGACGACGACGACGAGGAAGGUCUUGACAAGUGUGAAGACGACUUGAGUCAGCUGGAAGAGGAAACGACCGACAAUGCAAGGCCGAGCAGUCCUGUUGACGAAGCUUCCUGGGUACUGGUCGACGCCGCUGACGAUGAAGCACGCAAGUCAGAGUUUCCGGAACAAAAGUUUAGUGUUUAUAGAAAAUUUCUGGCCCGUGGAGACCUGCGUCAGAAAUUAGCAGACUUAGGAUUCUUGAGUGACCCCACUGCGGAGGCCUCUGGCGACGACGGCCAGACGGAGCAGAGUCUUCAGAACCUGGUGAUGUCCUGCUCCGAGUCCAUGGUGAUCUGUGACCUUCCUCAGGAAGGCGAGGGCGAGGACAGCACCGGCCAAGUGUUCAUCAAGGACGCCCUGGACGGGCCUGGGAUGCCGAGCUGGAGAGGCAGCAUCGCGGGCGCUACGGUGGAGGUGGAGGUGGAGCGCCGUGGUGGACUGAUGGUAGCUGCCGUGACUGUGUGGCACCGUGACCUCCUCUCCGCCCUCAAUUCCCUCAGAAGUCUCGUCUCCUCGGCAGGCCUGGUGUCCUACGCAGAUGUAGAUGUGACCAGCCUGCUUGCCCGCGCCGCCUGAACACCCAGCCUCCUUACCCUACGUGUCCUGCUGGUCCUGACCUACCUACAACUCCAUACAUAUGCAAAGUGUCACCUUCACGUCGAGGUUGUGACAUCCUAUCAUCAUCGUCGGCCAGUCGCUUUCCAGAGUGCCGAGCUCAUGUCGCCACCACGCUUCAGACCCUCAAGCCGUGCUGGUGCCAGGGCCAGGGCAAGCAUCUCCUGCUGGCACGCACUCCACCGUGGCAGUAAACUUCCCAAGUCGGUGCCAAAUGUGCCUUUAAUCAUAUCAAAUCAUCUCACUUUGCUUCAGAAUACGAUUACAGCUUUUCUUUCAUGACAUUAGGCGAUAUCCUGAAAAGAAAUAGCAUUACGGCUUAACUUUUCACUUCUCCGGUAUUAGAUUUAACACAAGACAUUAAGAACUUCGUAUCGCCAACGUCACUUUUCUGUCGGAUGAAUCACUUCCAUGCAUAUCUUCUUCCAGUCGAAUGAGACAAGUAACAUCUUGACGUUCGUUUGUUGUCGUAUAUUCCGUUUUCUACCAGAUAAGCGUUCCUUUUACGUACAAAGACUUAGACAUAUUUCUGUCUUUAAAAUUCCUUAUCACAUUGUUUCCAAGUCACUCCCUGGAAGUACAAGUGUCUGCCUUGAGUGACCUGUGGCAUUAAAUGUAUUAUAAAACAGAAAUAAUCAGGUUUCAGCUUAGGUUGUAAGUCAGCAUUUUCCUUGUUAAUAUCGUGUUACGCAUCGCUGACUAGUAGUUCUUUCAACAUAUCUCGUGGCGGCCCCGACAGCCUGCGCAGUGCGAAUAAGUCUGUCUGGUGACCGCGUCUUCCUCAGCUCAAGUUCCCUGGCCGCGCCGGGUCGCUGGUCAGCACCUCCACCAACAUAUCAUUAUGACGUCGCAUCCCAUCCGGAAGGGAACUGUAUUUAUUGUUCAUAGUAUUAGGCGAUCUUUGUUAUUGGCCAUGUAAGGAAACUAUACCCGUCGAGGGGUGGACAAGCGUCUCUGUGCCGUGUUCCCCCCGUGGCUUUGUCGACUUCGUGUGAUCAGGUUAUGAUCCAAGACAAGUUAAUGUACGUUAUUAAGGAAGUCAUAUGAUGAAUCCAAAUACUAUUAAUGUCGUUAGAUCUAAGGUAGUAAUUCGGAAAAUAAAUGAUCAUGCCCAUUUGACGUGCACUUGCUCGGCAUUUUGACAGAAGUGGGUGGACGAGACCUUCUGUACUCUUCUUACUUGCAUGAUAACUGUACUUACGCACGCUUACGUUGCACUCAUAAUGCGUGUAGCUACUUUCUGAGUAACUGAAUCAAGUUUUUGCAAGAAAAUGUUAUAUACUGUAUAACAAACAUAACAGCGUUUCUUCAAUUUUUUCCUAGUAAUUUUUCUAAUGUUCACACGUUAUUCGCAGAUUAACGUACUCACUGUAAAAGAGUAGAACUGGAAGGUGAAAAUAUGUUUUAGAAAUAUAAAAUAAAAUAAAAAUGCUUUCAAAAUAAAAUAGAAAAAAAAAUACUUUUUCUUAAUAUAAAAUAGAAAAUAAAACAUGACAAUACUGUCAAUAUUAAUAUAGAACAAAAAAUAAAUGUCUUCUUUCAAUACGAAAUAGAAAUAAGAAUGGAGAUUUUCUUUUUAGUAAUCGAUCAAGUAGAUACAAUCAGUCAGUGACGGAGGAGGUUGUCUAAUCUAUCACCCAGCCUCGUGAUCCUCCUCGUCUAUCGCAGCAUCUUGACGCCUAUCGAUAACCCUGUGCUAAUUGCGAUCCUUGUCGACUUUAUCAGUCACUGACACUACUGUACCAUCAUUGUGGAUUUGUGUUAGUGCCUUGUUAGCUCCGAGCCUUCCUCAUCCAUGCCCAGGGUCACCCUCUGAGUCGCGUGUGCUGCUGCUCAUUUUGACUUCGGGUUGCAUGAAGCUGUCACCAAGGGACCACAUUCUCAAACAGUUCGACGUCUUAGCUUCACUACUUUAGAUUCUAGUGAAAUUUUUUUUGAGAUUCAGUGAUUUUUCAUGAUUCUUGUGAUAGCUUAGCAAAGAUUUAGCUUCAUCAAUGGAUAAAAACAAAUGAGAAUCCAACUUAUCAACUUUGUGACCUUAAAAGACAGUUCCGAUGAGAGAACCAAAUGUUUCAAAAUACGGGCCAUCAUCCUUCGUUAUUAUUAUUCUUUCUUAUUUUCAAAAUCAAGAUCAAAUUGGUUCUCUCAGCAAACACACAUCAGAUUAAUGCAUGAGGCAUUAUGAGAAGAUUUGGCACAUAAUGUGUAAUACCUUCGCCUUGAUAUUAUGUACACGCUGUUGUCUAAUUGUACUUAAAAUUUUUCCAUUGUCGUCACGUCGUGUUGUCACAAACUUCAUCAGUGUUAAUCACUUAUGCUUCUGGAGGUGACAGUGUGAUAGUGAAUCCAUUGCUCAUUCAAUCAGAAGACAACAGUUUAUCAAAGACAUGUGUUACCUCGUCUUUCUUUCAAAUAUACGCGUAGAUUUUGAAUCUACAAUUAGAAAUUAAGGGUUUAAUCGUAUAUGUGUGUUUUCGUCACAUAUGUCUGCGUUACUUUUAGCAGCCUCUCUCUCUCUCUCUCUCUCUCUCUCUCUCUCUCUCUCUCUCUCUCUCUCUCUCUCUCUCUCUUAUCUUUUUGUCGCUGUAUCUCGCCGCUUUCUUCCAUUUUACCUCCUCUCGUAACCAUUUUGCCUUUUGUCGUGGCAUAAUUUAAUGUAUUGUAAGUUGUAAAAAGCAUAAAAAUAAUAUAUUUUACGUAUGAAUAAAAAAUCUAAAACCCA